AUGCCACGGAAUAUGCUCUUCAACUUGCCCUCCGAGAUAAGGAAUCAGAUCUACCAUUACCUAGUGGUCGAACAUGACCCGAUAGACCUGCUGAGGCUCACCUGGAGAAAGGAUAUGACAGGCUAUGGAAUAUCGAUGAUCCCGGAACCCGCAUUGGCAAGAACUUGCAAAGCUCUCAGAGUCGAAGUCCUGUCACUUUACCUCUCGGACAAGACGUUCAAUGUUGGUAUUGGCGCCCAUGUGCUAAGCAUGAACGAGACCACCCAUGCGCUGUCGCGUUGGUUCAGUAGACUGGGCACCAAUGCACGUUUCCUUCGACAUGUCGAGCUGGACGUCAACUGCGAGAUAUUGGGCCCUAAGAACGCAGCAUACUCUCUGAGGGACUUCUGGGAGAUCCUACACCUAUCUAUCCGAACCAGCAGACAUGACCUCGAGAUCGAACUCAAAGGAGAUCCACUGGUCGGCGAGCUUUGCGUGUGCGAGGCCAAACGACAAGCAGGGCUAAUAAGGACGUCCAAGAAUGCACGAGCUUUCGAUGUUCUAACCGCAGCAAGCCAGCUGUACCUCACCACGACCGAAUACGGCGAAUGCGAUCAGUGUCAGCGGCCUCGUCUGACAGAGGCUAGAAAGGUGAAUGGCUCCAUCUAUAUUUCAGAUAUCGAGUGA